UACAAGAAAGUGAUAAAAAAAGGUAAAUUAAUUGUAAUUGAAAAAAAUCUUAAAGAUUUUGAAAAAUAUAGAAAAGAACUAAGAAAAAACAUUAGAUAUAAUGAAGAGUACAAAAGGCAAACUGCAGAACUUGAAAAAAAAUACAUUGGUAAUCUUUCUAAUCGGUCUUUUAUCACUAUCGCUAAAGAUCUUAAAUGUUUAAAAGAAAGUUUGAUUGAGGAACUUA